AUGGAGCAAUCCACUCUAUUCUCCAUAAAAAGUUUGUGCAGAACCUGCACCACAGACACAACAGUUGGCGAUGCCUUUAAAGUCAAUGCCAUUUGCAUUUUCGAGCAUAUCAAUGAAAGUCCUGGCAGUCCAACGGUAAUGGAUCUAUUAAUAAAACUGCAACCUGAAAUUUGUAUCGGAUUCCAGGAUAAUUUACCAAAGACAGUGUGUAUGGCAUGCAUUGAACAAUUGCAAAAAAUCUAUGAAUUUUUGGAAGCCUAUAAACAGGCCAAUAGCAAAUUAUUGAAAUUAUUAAAUGGAAUUGAUUCGGAACAGACGGUAAUUGUGGAUUCAGUGAAAAAUGAAUCGGAAAAAUUGGCCUAUGAGGACAUAGUCGAUGAAGAGCCAAUUUCAACAUGUACCUUAAAUAAUAUGCUAGAUAUAAUUGUUACAGCCCCAGCGGGGAAUUUAAGGAACCAGCUUGAAGAUGUGAAAGUGGAGAAAAUGCUUGGUACGGAAUCCGAAGAUUCUGAUGGAUGUAACAAUGCCUUCGAUGAAGGCGCAGAUGAAAAACCCUUCCUAUGUCCUGAAUGUGGAAAAGGUUUUAAAAUUCGAACGUGUUUAACGGCACACAUGAAACGUCAUACGGGUGUGAAAAGCGUUGUCUGUCCCGUAUGUCCAAAAACUUUUGUGGACAAAAGUGGUCUCCAUAGUCAUAUGUUUGUACACAAGAAAGAGAAGCCUUUCGUGUGUGACACCUGUGGAGCUGCCUUCAAUAUGGCCUAUUUACUGAAAAGACAUAGUUUUUUACACACAGGCAUAAAAAAUUAUGCUUGUACACAUUGUGAUCAACGUUUUGCCCGAUCAAGAACUCUACAUCGCCAUAUGCUUACCCACACAGGUGAGAAACCAUUUGAAUGUCACUAUUGUGAUCGGGCAUUUAGUCAAAGUAACGAUUGUCACACCCAUAUGAAAUCACAUGUCGGUCCCAAUAUACAUCUAUGUGAAUUGUGUCCAAUGCGUUUUCCUUUUGUCAGGGAGCUGCGGGCACAUUUUGAGACGCAUAAGAGUGAUGAUGAAGAAAAGCGCGCGAAAAAUCUUGAAGGACGCAUACAGGAGGUGAAUAAUCUUAAAAUUAAUUUUGGUUAUAAAAAAGAUUGA